CUCUUUUCAUUCAUUUACUCUGCUCUCUCCCUGAAGUGUUCUUGCUCUCUUCUGCUGAGAUUUCCAUCACAAGAUCAUGGAAUAUUUCGAGGGAAAGAGAAGUGGGCAAAUUCCGGCAUUUGGAAACUGGGAUAGUGCAAAUGAGCUGCCAAUAACUCAGUACUUCGAGAAUGCUAGGCAGGCUGGCUUGGUCCGUUGUAAUGCUUCUGCUUUAACUACUGGUAAUCAGCAUCAAUAUUGCAAUCCAUACAUGACCAGUGCUCGUGCUAGUGGCGGUGGCGGUUAUCCAAUUGAUCUUUGUGCUGCUGAUUCUCAGAAGCCUUCUGUUCGUCUUGUUGCUGUUCCUCCCAGAAGGAUAGCAGCAGGAGGAGGAGGAGGGGGAGCAGUUAAUAAUAAUAAUGGUCAGGGGCAGGGCAAUGGUAGGAGGAGGAGAUGCGGGUGCCCCCCGCAAGCAAAGGAGCAACACAGGAUUAAACAACAAGAAGUUCAGUUCAAGGUUUAUGACGUUGUGGACGUGAAGCAACAACAGAUGCCCAGAGGAGGAGGCCCAAGACCCCGAACCAGAAGUCAGCAGCUUUUCUAUUAUAAUCAUAAUAAUAAUUUUGAUCAGAAUCAGAAAAAGCAGCACUUGCCAAAGCAUUAUGCUGCUGCUGCUGCUGCCGAUGGGAACCCCAUUCUCCCGCAUCAUAGGCCUAGUACAACUGCUGCUGCUACUGCUGUUGCUGCCACUGCUGUUAAUGUAAAACCAGUGGACGAAGAUCUGUACAAGAUUCCUCCAGAGCUACUUCUCCAAACCUCCAAGAGGAAAAAAAUGCUGGGAUUCUUUUCCAAAUGCCUUGCUCCUCCUUGCAAGGCAUGAGUUUAGAGCUUCAACUGAAGGUGGUAACCUUGAGUGCAUAACUAUUCUAAUCUAAGUCGAUUCAAGCAAAAAAGAUUGUAUAGAUGCUAUCGUUUCCAACUGGCUGCCUUCUGCCCUUAAAGAGGCAGUGUGCAUCCAUUUGCUCAUGUCAUCAAAGGAAAUUUACAGGCUCCUUGUUACUGUGCUUGUCAAUUUAUUUGUUUGAAUCAAUGAAACUUUUGUGGCAAUGGCGUGGCAUAUUAUGCGAGAGGAGAACGCCUUAUCCCAUAUUUUCUUGAAUCUGUAGCCUGCGGGGGGUGCAAAGGAACACAUCAAAGAAUGUUAAUUUUGUCGACUUGGCUACAGAAUUAGUGAGAUUUAUACUCAGCUUUAGCAUUCUUAGCUAGUGUACAUUCCCUU